AGACCGGGAGGUCGCCGCCGCCCCAACCAGCCCGCUGCGGAGCUGUGGACAGAGCUGACCGGCCUGGUCGGCUGCCCGGAGUCCGAGGAUGGGCCGGGGUGUGGGCAGGCGGAGGGCCGCCCGGCCGAGGUCUCCUUGGAAGAGGCCCUCGUGCGCCUGGCCGAGUUCCUCGCGGCGCAGCUGGCAUCAGAAGGGAGCUGUGAGAAGCCUCCCGACCUGGGCCAGCCCGGUGAUGUCCCCCCACUGCUCACAGUGACUGGCCAGCUUCUGGCCCUCCUGGCAUGGACCCAGAGCCCCCGGGGAAGGCAGGCCCCAGGGCAGCUGCCUCCCUGUGACAUGGGUGGGUCCUCGUCCCAAGGAGAGAGCCACUCAGCCUCGUUGAGGGCAGAGGCCGGGAGCCAGCAGCCUCCCGGGCCGGAGGAGGACCGGCGGGCUUGGCCACAGCUGGAGCAGCUCGUCCUCGGGCAGCUGGAAGAGCUGAAGCGGCAGCUGGGCCUGCAGGAGGAGGAGCUGGGCCGCCUGCGUCUGGGCGUGGGGGCCACGGACUCGGAAAAGAGAGUGCAGCACCUCACCCUGGAGAACGAGGCCCUGAAGCAGAGCCUGAGCCUCACUCGGGAACUGCUGCUGCGCUGGGGCCCCUGCCCCCUCCCCAGGGCCCCCCAGGGGGCGGCAGAGGGGCCGGGGCAGCUGGGGGUGCAGGAGGCGCAGCUGCAGGGCCUGCGGGGGGCCCUCGGGCAGCUCCAGCAGGAGACGGAGCAGAAGUGCAGGAGGGAGCUGCGGCAGGUGCACGGGCAGCUGGCAGGGCUCCGCGCACGGAUGGCCGGCCUGCGGCAGGGCUGCGGCGACCUCCGGGGGCUGGUCAGCACCUUCACUCAGAGCUGUCAGGGCUCACUGAGCGAGGCCCGUGGCCAGGUGUCCUGGGCCCUGGGGGCGCUGUCGGCCGGAGGGCCUCGGGCCCCAGAGGAGCGGAGGUGCCCGACAGGCGGCCCAGGGCGGCUGCUGGAGCUCAAGGGGAACAUCCGAGUGCUGUGUCGGCUGAGGCCAGGGCCACCCUCCAGCCUGGUCAGCUCCGAGCCCGGCCCCGGCGGCACGGUCACCACCUGCUAUCGAGGGCGCCAGCGUCGCUUCUGCCUGGACUGGGUCUUCCCUCCGGACGCUGGCCAGGAGGAGGCACACAGCAGGGGACCCUGA